AUGGAUCCACGGAGGUUGACGGAAUAUUUACGUGCGACGAUUGAUCCAGCUCAGCAGAAAGAUGCGGAGGAUCAACUUAAUCAGAUUCAUAAAAUCAUUGGAUUUGCCCCGACGCUUUUGCAAGUUAUUAUGUCAGGAGAAGUCGAAAUGCCUGUUCGUCAGGCAGGUGUUAUUUAUUUGAAAAAUUUAAUAGUCUCUAAUUGGGCUGAUCGCGAGCCAGAAAAUGGUGUAGCACCAUUUAAUAUUCAUGAACAGGAUCGGGCGAUGAUACGUGAUUCAAUAGUCGAUGCAGUGGUUCACGCACCGGAACUCAUAAGAAUUCAACUGGCAAUGUGUAUUAGUAAUAUUGUCAAACAUGACUUCCCGGCACGCUGGACGCAAAUUCUGAUAAUCCGCCUUUUACCAGACCCAUCAGAGCAAUCAGUUCUUCUCCAAAAACAAAUCCUAAAAAUAUUCUUCGCAUUGACUCAGUAUUCUCUGCCCUUGGAUUUAAUCUCCAAGGAGUCAUUUUCCCAGUGGAUGGACGUGAUCCGACAAAUAGCAGACCGCCCAGUGCCGCCAGAAACAAACAACCCCGACAUAGACGACGACGAGCGCGCCGACUUACCCUGGUGGAAGUGUAAAAAAUGGGCCUUACACAUUCUCCACCGUGUAUUCGAAAGAUACGGAAGUCCCGGUAACAUCACCAAAGAAUACAAAGAAUUUUCCGAGUGGUACUUACGAACCUUCAGCGCGGGUAUUCUCGAAGUAUUACUGAAAAUACUGGACCAGUAUCGCCGUAGUAUAUACGUAUCCCCGCGCGUAAUACAGCAGUCGAUAAAUUACAUAAACCAAGGAGUGAGUCACGCUUAUUCGUGGAAAUUCCUCAAGCCACACAUGUUUGAAAUAAUCCGCGACGUUCUAUUUCCCAUUUUGUCCUACUCAGCUUCCGACGAAGAACUAUUCACCAACGACCCUUACGAGUACAUUCGUCUUAAAUUCGACAUUUUUGAAGACUUUGUCUCCCCAGUAACAGCAGCGCAAACUCUCCUACACUCAGCUUGCAAAAAACGCAAAGAAAUGCUCCAAAAGACAGUUCAAUUUUGCAUUGAAGUCCUGACAAAUCCAACAGCAGACCCCCGUCAAAAAGACGGAGCCCUUCAUAUGAUCGGCAGCCUCGCUGAUGUGUUGCUAAAAAAAAACCUUUACAAAGAACAAAUGGACAAGAUGCUCAUGUCAUAUGUCCUUCCAGAAUUCAGCAGUCCUCACGGUCACAUGCGAGCACGUGCCUGCUGGGUGUUACAUUACUUUUCUAAAAUAAAAUUCAAAGAUGAGCACAUUUUAAUAAACGCAACAAAAAUAAUUGUCCAUUUACUAUUAAAUGACGCUGAUUUACCAGUCAAAGUAGAAGCUGCUAUUUGUCUUCAGUCAUUAUUAUCAUCUCAAGAAAAAUCACAGAAAUGCGUGGAGCCAAUGGUCAAAAAUAUAACCCUUGAAUUAUUGAACAUCAUAAGAGAAACUGAGAAUGAUGAUCUGACGAGUGUUAUGCAAAAAAUUGUUUAUACGUAUACAAAACAAUUGACGCCAAUUGCUGUAGAAAUUUGCCAACAUUUGGCGACAACUUUCAGCCAAGUUUUGGAGACAGAUGAGGGAAGCGACGAGAAAGCUAUCAUGGCUAUGGGGUUGUUGAACACGAUAGCUACUUUGUUGUCUGUUAUGGAAGAUCAGCCUGAAAUAAUGGCUCAGCUUCAACCAACAGUCUUGAGAGUUAUUGCUCAUAUUUUUGGACAAAGUAUUAUUGAAUUUUACGAAGAAGCACUUUCGCUAGUUUAUGAUCUGACUGGUAAAUUUAUUUCCGAGGAUAUGUGGAAGGUACUUGAAUUAAUGUACCAAUUGUUCGAAAAAGACGGCUUUGAUUAUUUCACUGAUAUGAUGCCGGCUUUGCAUAAUUAUAUUACUGUUGAUACUGCGGCAUUUUUGUCCAAUGAAAAUCAUAUACUAGCUAUGUUUAAUAUGUGCAAAGCUAUAUUGACUGGUGAUGCUGGAGAAGAUCCGGAAUGUCACGCUGCUAAAUUGUUAGAAUGCAAAGGAAGGAUUGAUCACUGUAUUACACCUUUAGUCCAGUUGGUUUUAGAAAGAUUGACUAGAGAAGUAAAAACAUCUGAGUUGAGGACAAUGUGCCUGCAGGUGGUUAUUGCUGCGCUGUAUUACAACCCCGCGUUGUGCCUACAAGCGAUGGAUGGGCUGCAGGGACAACUGGGACAGUCGACGGAGCCAAUUGCUUCGCAUUUUAUAAAACAGUGGAUUCAUGAUACUGAUUGUUUUUUGGGGCUGCAUGAUCGCAAGCUUUGUGUCUUUGGACUUUGUACGUUGAUCAGCAUGGGACCCAAUCGACCACAGGCGGUAAAUGAGUGCGCUCAACAGAUUAUUCCUUCGUUGAUACUUUUGUUUGAUGGGCUUAAGCGCGCUUACGCUGCUAAGGUUGCUGAAGAUGACGAUGAGGAUGGUGAUACUGAGGAUAGUGAAGGCGACGAGGAGGUUUUGUCCUCUGAUGAGGAUGAAAUUGAUGACGCUAGUCAGGAAUAUCUGGAAAAGUUACAGGACAAAGUUACACGGAGUGCUGGACAGCAUGGGUUUAAUAUUAACGCGUCGAUACAGGAUGGUGAUAGAUCUGAUGUUGAUGAUGACGACUCCGAGUUUGAAGCUAAUGAAGAAACGGCGCUUGAAACUGAUCAAGCGUGGUACGUAGCUUUAACUGGUCAUUUAACAGUAGAACAGCAAAAAGCCCUCCAGGAAGUAAUAUUGCUUGCUGAUCAACGUAAAGCGGCCUUAGAAAGUAAACGAAUUGAACAGAGCGGUGGAUACGCCUUUCACUCACAGACUGUACCCUCAUCAUUUAAUUUUGGUGGGAAGCCCCCAGGUCGAUAA